GUCCGAAAGCGCACACUAGGCGUCAAAAUCAUGUUUCAUAUGAUUGAAUACGUGGACGACCUAUACGUGCUGGACGAGGACUGGCGGCACCCGGACUUUCAGCGCCUGUUAGACCUAUCGGUGGUUCACAUCAUUAUAAUCAACGACUUCUACUCAUUCGAGAAAGAACUACACGACCGGAAGGGCGACUUGGCUCAGGUGUGCAACUAUAUCACUGUAUUAGCCCGAAUCGACGGCAUAUCUAUUGAGCAAUCGAUGGCUAAAUUGGUGGACCAGUUGACGGCAUUAGAGGUGAAGAUCAUUCAGUUAAGGGACGAGCUGGUGGGUAGGUAUAAUAAACAUCAUGACUGUAGACCAGAGCCAAUAUCUAAAGAGGAACCGGAGGCCAGGGCUGCCAAACUCGAGGCUCGCCUUGAAAAAGAUCUAAAACGCUUGUCUCCACUAGUUGAUCCUGGUGAAAUAAUUGAGUUAAACGCCCUUGAUGCUGAACUACGUAUACUAUCCGGGGAACUACAGCUCGCAUUUGAACCCCACUUAAUACAGGCACUGGAGGUCCGGCUCCUGGACCUCGAGAAUCGGGUCGAUAAAGAGCUCAAUAGGAUUGAGAAAAUACUUGACUCU